AUGAUCUCGGCAUCACUCGUUAACGAAUCCGUUGUUGGAGCCAAAUCAAAUGUUAAAUUCAACAAAACACAUUAUAUUUUUGACUAUCCAUGCGAUUCAAAUUCAGAAUGCACAGAUUACAAAUUAAUCCUCGAACCAGGCGCAUACAAGUUCGAACUAUAUGGUGCUUCAGGAGGCUCGAGAACUAAUGAAGUUUCAUCGUAUCGAUUUUCAGAUAAUAACUGUAUUGAAGACGAGAUUGUACAGAAGUAUCGCGGAAACACGAAAUGCAUAAGAACAGCAAGCGUUGGUGGUGCUGGUGGUUACAUUUCCCACACAAUUCAAUUAAUGAAUCAAACAGUCACUUUUUUGACACUUGGCGGCCGUGGAAUCUACGGACAUAAAAUUAUGGAAUACGGCACACCUAAUUGCUUUGUGAAACAAAACAUGGUGAGCGGAGGCUACGGUGGAGGUGGGAGCUCAUCGAAUUUUUGUGGUACCGAUGCUGAUUCAUCCGGUAUUCUCUGCGGAACUGGAUCUGGCGGUGGCCAAACUGCUGUCAAAUUUUUAAACAAUGACUAUUGGCAUCGCGUUCUUGUGAGUGGUGGAGGUGGAGGCUGUGAUAACGGUCAAGGUACCUAUGGAGAACUUGAUGAUGGUUCCGGAGGUGCUGGAAGAAACCUCACCGCUCAAAGUUGGUUUGCAAAUGGAGUUUUGAAAAAUGAAUAUUUUGCCGAUUCUGAAAAAGGUUUUAGUUUCGGUGUUGGUGAAGCUGCGAGAUAUGGUACUUCGUCUAAUGUUUUUGCUGUUCGAGAAGGCUUAAUGUUUGAUAAUGCUGGUGCUGGCGGCGGCUGGUUUGGCGGUUUUUCCGCUCAAUUAGGAAGCGCUGGUGCUGGCGUUGGAAGCUCAUGGGCCUUGUCAAAAGAUGCCAUAAUUCCCAAAGUGGCAUUAACAUCUACUGAUGAAUUAUAUAACAAUAAAAUCUCCAGAUACUAUGCAUUUAACCUUACCUCUGGAUAUUUGUUUGAAGAUGUUGUAAAUGUUGCCGGAAUUUGGAAUGGAAACGGCAGAGUAGUGAUCACCAUUAUUAAAUCAAAUUAUUCAAUAAGUUGUUUGUGCAAACUUGAAAUUCAAUCUCAUUUUCUUUUCUUAAUUUUUGCUGUAAGCUAA